UUAGCAGUUUAUAUUUACUAACAUAAUUGCAUUUCCGUGUUGGGUGUACUGUGGGAGACCAGAUAUAGUGAAGGCAGGGUCCGGGGAGACCAGAUAUAGUGGAUGCAGGGUCCGGAGAGACCAAAUAUAGUGAAUGAAGGGUCUGAGGAGACCAGAUAUAGUGAAUGCAGGGGUCCGGGGAGACCAGAUAUAGUGAAUGCAGGGUCCGGGGAGACCAGAUAUAGUGAAUGCAGGGUCCGGGGAGACCAGAUAUAGUGAAUGCAGGGUCCGGGGGAGACCAGAUAUAGUGAAUGCAGGGUCCGGGGAGACCAUAUAUAGUGAAUGCAGGGUCCGG